AUGGGGUCUAGUAGAUCAUCAUGGGAUAAUAAUGAACAGGAAUACAGACCUAAUCUCCCUCAGCUGCCACCGCUAUUGACUAGAAACCUUUCUUCUAAUGGUCACCAGACACGAACAGGAUGGAAACCUAGUACUGAUGAGGAAGUACCUUUAUCACAAACUUCAAGCCAAGGGCCGUGGAGCGAGAAUGGGAGGUUUAAGAGGCCGAUAAUAUCACCAUUUAGUCCUGAAAAUGGAGUUGGGACUUUUCAGUCGCUUGAACACUCGUCUUCUGUGAGCUGUACUAGUAAGGAUGACUCCCUUAAGGUUGAUUCUAUAAACUCUACGGGAGAAUCAUCCCGAACAAGGCGUAAAAGUAUGGUGAAAGUAUAUCCUACUGAAUCUGAUGAAGAAUUACCUAUACCUACAACACCUGAAGGACCUCAGUCUAGCGUUUUUGGGUUGACAAGUAGCACUACGCCGGUAAUAUACAAUUCUCCGUUUGUUGGCGAUACUUCUUCAGAAUUCAUGAAAGCAAUUAAUCAUCAUCAUCAUACAGACAGCGCUGGUAGUUUUAGCACACCUGUAAGUGCUGAUGAUACUUUUGAAGACUUGUUGCCUCCACAGCUCCCUGCUCGUAGUGGCGCUGGAUUUGAUUGGCAACUGCCGUCGUGGAAAUCGUCCUUUGAGGACGUAGCAAAUAUCUCUGUACUUGGAACCCCACCACCUUUGCAUCCCCAGCAUCCUAACAGGUUGCGUAAACAUAGCGAUAACACUAUUACGGGCAGCAUUAGCAGUUACUACUCCAAUUCAAACUAUGCUUUCAAUGGGUAUCGUAGACAAGGAAGUUUUGGCUCUGUCAGCAAGGGUAUCCCAUUAGAGCAUGCACCCAAUGUUAUUGCACCUACACAGCUCUUUAGCAUUGAUCUCCUUGAUGAAAAAAAGCUUUAUCAGUGCUAUUGUGUGUACAAAUUGUCGGAUAUUUAUGAAUGGCUGCUCAAAAUCUACUUUGAGUGGUUUACAGAAUACAUUUUUGACAAGAUAGAGUUUAUUCAACUGGUUCAGCUGCUCCUAGAGUUCCAACUGCCUACCAACUAUGAACAAGACGUGAUAGAUAAAAACGUUGAUCGUAUUAUUGCGUCCCUAGUACAGCAGGGUGCGGUUAGGUUUGAAUCAAACCUGGAACCACUGGCAGGAGAGUAUACCGUUAUUGUUUCUGGGCUUGAUAUUAGAGGAAUUUUUACCGAAAUUUUACCAUGCUACUCUUACGACCACAAGAGAGAUAUGGUAACGGAUCAGCUUUACUCAUGCCACUGUAAUAGUUGUCCCUUGCAGUUAGCGAAUAGAAAGCGCCGUGGCAUCCAAUUGUCAGAUGUAAUAAACAAGUCCGUCGGGUUAUGGACCGAUUAUUGGAACUUAACUGAGGAGGAUUUAGCCGAUAUUAAUCCUAAGGAAAUAAUGAGACAAAGUUUCAUAUUUGAUCUGAUAAUUUUAGAAGAGCGUACUCUAAAUAUGGCAAAUGCUGCUAUUGAGAUAUACGGGAAGAGAUUCUAUUCGGACUUGUUACCAGAUGACAAGAAUAUUAAGGCCCUAGCAUUUGAUAUCUUUCACCCUCUUAUUGAACUACACAAGGAUUUUUUAUUGGCACCGAUAUUCUCGAAGCUUGAAUCUAAAGGUAAAUUCAUAGACGGCGUUGGUCGCAUAUAUUACAAAUGGUGUCAUGAGGCAGUGACUCCUUAUUUACAAUACGCAGAAUCAAUGGCAACGGUGCACGAGGUUAUCAACUGGGAAAAAAGUCACAACACUAAGUUUGCCGAUUGGUUGAAGGAGGUGGACGAGUCUCCUGAAGUUACAAGAACUAAGCUUUAUCAUGACGUGGUUUUCUUUGGAGGUUUUUUCAAAUCCCUUCAAAAUAUUCCCGUGACUCUUAGGUCUAUCCUGAAAGUGACGGACCCAUCAAUAGACGAUUAUGAGCAUUUAGAAAUGGCGAUAACAGAAAUAGAGAAGCUAAAUGCACUCGUGGAUAAAACGCAUGGCGAAGCAGUGGACCAAAGAAAGUUAAACAGGUUAUCAAGACAGCUAAUAGUCGGUAGUAGCAGCACCACAGUAAGCUAUGUCAAUAUAAGCUCAGAAGGGAACGAAUAUUCUUUAGCCAAGGAAAAAUUGAAUUUGAAGUUAACUGAGAAAACUAGAAAGCUCUUAAAAGAAGGCGUCGUUUUCAAAAAGAGAGAACUAUGGCUCGAUCCAUUACCAACAUACGUGAUUUUAUUGGAUAAUUAUUUCCUAAUAACGGAGAUUGUAAUUAAAGGAUAUGACAAGAAAUAUAAGCUCUAUGAAAGACCUAUUCCAAUUGAUUAUUUGAGUUUAGAAACUAAAAAUGAUUUUGCUUCUCCUGCCAAAACAUCUCCUGAUAAGGAAUCUGCAUUGAACACUGAUAUGCAAAAUAUGCAGCUGAAUAUGCAUCCCCGUUCAUCAUCGUCAUCGGGAAAAGUAGCAACAAGCAAUAAUGGUUCGAAUAAUCUGCCAAUGUCCAAGUCAUUAAGCAAAUUACCGGUCAUCAAUAAUUCCGAAGCAGCUGACGAUAUUUCUUACUCAUUCAAGGUUCGGAAUACUGCAACAAAUGAAUCAUUCAGCUUUUUGUUACCGACGGCGGAAGAACGAGAUGCCUGGAAAACUGCUAUUGUGGAGAGUGUUAGGCGCCAUACUAGUAGUAAUGACCGCCAAAUCUUUAAGUUAUCGUUUCUUACAGAUUUAUUUUGUUAUGACGAAAGACAAGCGCCUACAAAUUUGCAUGUUGCCCCAGAAGGUUCUGUUAUUGAUUUAGCGCUUAAGUCGCAUCAGUCUUCGGAACACAGUUCUGAUUCUCUAAUAAUGGCAGACGUCAAUUGCUGCUGUACAUUUAACACUGUAUCUCGGUCAUAUGUACUGUGUGGAUCUAAUCGUGGCUUAUUUGUCGCUACUUCUGAUAAAACCACAGUUUGGAAGUUAAUAUUAACAUUACCGAAAAUAACACAGUUGGAAAUUAAUGAGAAACUAAAUCUGCUGUUUGUACUCAGUGACAGGAAGUUGUGUUACUUCAGUCUUCCAAACAUCAUCGGCGCUUUUCAUGAUUCUACGUAUUUGCCCCAAGGCAAAUUAGCUGGAAUACUCUUGCGUGAUAAAGUGACCUUCUUCCGUGUGGCUGAGGAUUUUUGCAACUUCAGACAAAUAUUUUACGAGAGGAAGGGCAAGAUUGUUAUUCUAACUCCAGAAUUGGAUAAAAUUACAUCGAGAUUCAGGUUUUUCAAGUUUUAUAAGGAGUUCAAGAUUCCAGCCAACAAUACAGCCCUAUUGUCUUCGGAAAUAGAGGAUAUCGUGAUUUUUAAAAUGAGCUUUAUGGUCUGCACUUCGAAGGGCGUUAUUUUGUUUAAUGACUCGUUUAAUGACGAGGGGAUCGUACUGCCAAGUAUGCUAAACGACCCCGAAAUGAUGAACCCAACCAUAAACUUAUCCAGUAAUCCAUUCAAAUCCGAACGUGCUACAGGCUCCAAGAAGGAUUCUUCAAAACUUCGGAUGGCGGAGUAUGUCAGGCGAGAUAUAAUUUCCAACAAAACGAAACCUAUCACAUGCUUUCAGCUGAGUCAGAACGACUUUAUCUUGGUAUUCGAUGAGGCUGUCAUCCGUCUCAACCGUAAUGGAGAAAUUCCAAAAUGGAAAGAGGAUAUAUUGGUCCUUGACUUUUACUGUACAAGUGCCGCCAUGAAUAAUGAAUUCUUAAUACUGAUAGGCGAAAACCUAAUUCAAAUAUAUGACUUCAACUACACAGGGAAUAUUGUCAAUAACACUCUAAGCAAUUUGGCACCUGUCCAAAUCAUAAAGGGCAAGCGAAUAAGGCUUUUAUCCUCUAAGAAGGAUAACAACGCUGUUAUAGUUCUAAGCCAUCCAAAUAUACAAGGGCGUCAACUUAUAUUAGCAUUUGGUCUAGCAAGUUAG